UGGAACUAGUUUCCGGGUCGACCCGGUUCGAGAGGAUUUCUCCUCCCUUCGGAGUUCGGAGCUGCCUGGCACCGGAUUCUGUGUAAUCGUACGUAGCUAUGGCGAGCGAAGAAGAGAAAGCCCUGGAACAGCUGCUCGAGGCUCAGCUCAAGGACCAGCGAGAUUCUCUCGCCGCCAUUGAUGAAGCUCUCGCCUCCGAUCCUUCCAAUGCCGAGCUGCUCUCGGUUCAUGGAGAACUUCUCAGUGCAAUCAAGGAUGCAGAGGAAGGUCUUCUCCACCUCAAACGAGCUCGGUUACUGCAUGAAGCUGACAUGGUGCUGCAUGGUUUCAAUCAUGCUGCUGCUGAGGAAACAAAGGCUGAGCCACUUGAUCCAGCCGGCGAUGAUGUGGAGCCUGAGCCAAUUGAGGAGCAGAGGUUUUCUGUUGGAUCGAAAUGUAGAUUCAGACACACUGAUGGACGUUGGUAUAAUGGUCAGAUUAUCGGGUUUGAAGGCUCAGAUUCUGCAAAGAUUUCAUUCCUCACGCCCAUGUCUGACAGAAUGUUGAUGUGCAAGUUUUUCAUGCAACAAAGGUGUCGGUUUGGUGGUACAUGUCGCUUAUCACACGGACUGGAUUUGCCAGUAUCAUCUUUAAAGAAUUUUGUCCAAGUUGAAUGGAACCAAUCGAUGGUAGGCUCCAAGAUUUGCGCAGUUUCUGGAGGUAAAGACAACAUAUGGAGGGAGGCUGAGCUUGAAUCGUGGGACAGUGAACACCAAGUAGGCCAAGUAGUUUUUAGAGACGAUGGAAGCUCGGCAAAGCUAGGGCCCGAUGCUAUGAUGUUAUAUGAGUACGCUCAUAUAUCUGAAGAUGAUGAUGAUGAUGAGGAAGAUGAUGAGGACGAAGAAGGGAGCAGCGAUUCAUGCUCUGAGGAAUCUGCUUCGAGCGACUAUGUUGAGGAGACUCAGACUCCACAAGGGUUAGGUUUUCUAGAAAGUACGAAUCAAAUGAGAGGCGUCCAGACUGAAACCGCUGUCUUUGCUAAGUGGGAGAACCACACGAGAGGAAUAGCUUCCAAGAUGAUGGCGAACAUGGGUUACCGUGAAGGGAUGGGAUUGGGUGCAACUGGUCAGGGAAUGUUAGAUCCCAUUUUGGUUAAAGUACUUCCGCCAAAGCGGUCACUGGAUCAUGCCCUCGAGCAUGUUAAAAAGACUGAAGAAGGUAAAGGCGAGAAAAGAAAGAUCAAAAGGAGGAGCAGAGGUGGAAAGAAGAAGCGUGAGAAGAAGAUGGCAGAAGCGGCUAGAGCUGCGAGACAGGAAGAGGAAUCAAGGCCUGAUGUUUUCAGCCUAAUCAACGACCAACUCUCGAUUCAUCACAAGAAAGUAAAUGGAACGUACGGGAACAAGAAGCAGAGCAAAGGCACGGUGGACGAGAAGAAAGUGGACAGAAGGGCACUGGUUGCAUACGAAGACGAGAUCAGAGACUUGAAGUUACAAGUUCAGAAGCUGGAAGAGAUGGUGAACCGAAACAGGAGGGAUAAAAUCGUAUAUGAGGCUGCAACACGAAGAUUGAACGAAGCCCGAAAAAUAUUGGCAGAUACAGAAGCAGCGUAUGCCUCAACAUCCAACGCUGUUGCCAACAGCGAGAAAGAGAAGAAAUGGCGCAAAUUCUAGAACAUCAAAUAUCAAUCUUGAUCACAGAACGGUUUCGGGCUUUUGAUGAUUUGAUUUCUCCAUCAUCGUCAAGCUUCAAACUUUUGAGAACCCCUUCGAUGAAGCUGCUCAGACAUUAACCUCAGCAACAACACAGAAGAACAUGCAAGUGAACAAUGAAAGACUAUCCCUUGCUGUGUGGUAUAUGUUACAAGAAAAAGGAAUAUAGCUGAGAGUAGCAGCCACUUGAACGCACAUUUCGAUUUAUCUCCUGUAUGUUGUUAUCUAAUUCGGCCGAGCCCAAAUAAACUUGGGACUAAAGCGAGGUUGAUGUUGUUAUCUAAUUAUUCGUGUUCAUUCCUACAAACUUUUUCGUAGGCGGUUUACAUGUCU